AUAGUGGUGGGGGAAGGGUGGUCGGGCCUCCCCGCGCAUCUUCUACGCGUAUUCCCGUACUGAAAAUGGCCGCCAGCUGUCAUUCGCCUACGAAGUGUGGCUUGUUGUGAAGGAACACGACGCGAAUUCGGCGCAGGACGGUUCCCCGGGCGCGCAGGACGCCGCGAGAGCGCGAUGCAAUUACAUAACGACGCGCGGCUCGCUGGCUGAAACCGAACGCGAUCGCUUGAUUGAGAGAGAAAGAGAGCCCGAGAGAGAAAGAGAGCCCGAGAGAGAGAGAGAGAGAGAGAGAGAGAGAAAGGCAUAGAGCGAGAGUAGAUAGAGGAGAGCGGGGAAACGAGGAGAAUAAAAGUGUACGACGCGCUAGGGACGGGGUCCUCCACGGUGUUAAUUUCGACGGUGUGCCAUGAGAGUGUGGCCAGUACGGCUGUUUACAGUUUUUAUUUUACGCCAAGUGCGCCGUGACUAGUUUGGAUCUACGCGGGUUGACGGUGCGGCUGAUCUUCCUCCUCUCCUCCGUCUCUUCCUCCUCGACUUGCUCGCCGCGCGAAUCGGUCUCGCGACAGCGUUCUAAUACUGUUCGCUCGUGCCGUCGCGAUACGAGAUUCCCUCAGGAUUCCUCUCUCGAUUUACAUUCUACACCCCGAGGACGGUCAAGAAAAGCAACAUGGGUUCCAGUCAACAAUUCUCUCUUAGGUGGAAUAAUUAUUUAAAACAUAUUACUUGUGCUUUUGACACAUUGAGGACAGAUGAAGAUCUCGUAGAUGUCACUCUAAGCUGCGAAGGCAAAAGGAUUAGGGCGCAUAAAAUGCUUUUGUCAGCAUGUAGUACAUAUUUUAGAGAUUUAUUUAAGGAAAAUCCGUGUCAGCAUCCCGUCAUAAUAUUCCGUAAUGUAAAAUUCGAUGAUUUGGCUGCCUUGGUAGAUUUCAUGUAUCAAGGCGAAGUAAAUGUUGUUCAGGAACAGUUAGCAAGCUUUCUCACAACGGCAGAACUUUUGGCAGUACAGGGCCUUACGGAUGGCACAGGAAAGGAUAACGAUAGUUUAGUAGAGGAUGACAUAGAAAUUCCCAACGAGCCUGAAGUUCAACUGCAGAAUACUUGUGGCAAAUCCACAGGGGACAGUAAGAGGAACAAGUCACCAUCCUCUCCAAUGCCGUAUCAUGCCAUCGAAUUGCAGCCCGAAGUGCCGCCAAACAAAAGAAGAAAAACUCGAGAUAGUACGAAUGCGAAUACGGAAAAGAAUUCGGGAAGUAAUGCGAAGGAUCCCGACGGAAAAACGUUGGAAAAUCAGACUGGCCCGGGCUCCGACCCGGUCGAGAUAAUUCCCCUUAUGCCGAGUUUAAAACUGGAGAUGCCCGAAUACCUGGAACAAGAUGGUAGCAGCUGUAGUUACGAGGAUCAGAGUAUAGGCGACAAUACACUCAAUAAAAUUACAAUAGAUGACACAUCGUCGAACACGCCUGAUCACGAACAGAAGCCCGAUAUCAGUCAGACGUUUUACUCGAGUCAAUCGACAUCAGACGGUUUGGAUGGCAAACAUCAAUCAGAUGUUGGACACCUGCUUUCUAAACCAAGUACCUCAGGAGAAAGAGAGUCGCAGGAAGCAGUACAGGAGUCAUUAAAAGAUUUGGUAAUCUACCUAACUAGAUGUCCACUGUCUACUAAAUACCUAGGACAUACUCUGGGAGAUGAGCAUCAUGAUAGAUCUCCGAGUCGGAUUACAUCAUCGAAUAUGUCACAUCAUAAGUUUAAAAAAAAGAAAGGUCCGGCUACACGAGUAAGGCAACCCUGUAAAAAAUGUCAGGAGAAUAAUGACACGUCAUUAAAACCUGUUGUAACAACAUUCUGUAAUGACUGCGUUGAUAAGCCUCACUUAUGUCUGCGUUGCUUCAAUAUAAUACAUCGUAUUACGACCGAUGAUUGAAGUUUCUUCACAUAAUCUCUUUACAAGAGCAAAUAUUCCAUGAUUCGCUGGCGCAUAUAUUUCAGGAAAUCUUUUUAGGUUUCAAUAUUUAUUAAAUAUUUAUCAAAUAUUUUUUAUUUUUCAAUUAUUGAUUUUAUGAAUGCAAAUAUUUAUAUACAUAUAUCCAUAUUUGGUAUCAACAGUAUAAUUACUACAGUAGCGAAUAUAUUAAUGUCGAAAAUGAAGAUGUUUUGAAAUAAUAAUUCCAUUGAUCUUAUGGCGAAGAAAAAUUUAUUUUAGAUUGAUCGAAAAGUCUGAUAAUUAAAUACAUCUUGAUGAAACUCUUUGUAUACAAGAAAGACACACGAAGAUAGGAUCAGUGUUGGCCGAGGUUGAAAACUACGUAGUGUUGCAUAAGUAUUGCGAAAAAUUUAAAGAAUUUUGAAAAUAUUGUUUAUGUUAUUAUUUAUGAAAACCAAUUAUUAAAAAUGAAUUAUUAAAAGCUUUUAUUUUAAUGUUAUUUUAUUUUUACGUUAUAAGAGCUUGAAAGAUCUUGCCAAAUUAAAUUUAACGGUGUAUAUAAAAUCGAAGUAUUACUUAUGGAACACUCUUUACGAAUGGAAAAAUCUGUAUCGACUUAAACGUGCCAUGAAAUAGAGAUAUGAUAUUAAGGAUGUAACGAAUUUUAUUAUUUUAUAGGUUUUUAGUUAGUUGCUUUUAUAGAUAAAGAGCCUCUCGUCAUUUAAAACUGCAAGACUGUUAAAUACGUAAUUAAUACGUGUAAAAUACGAAUAUUUUGUUGUCUAUCAUUAUCAAGAAUUUCACGAAUUCUUAUUGGUUUUAUAUACCUACUAAUCUGUAUUCUCGCUGCACAUUUAGCCCUAAACGUGACUUUAUUUUUGAGAUUCAAUAUGUGUGACUAUUAAGCAUUUAACGUAAAUAUGUAAUAUAUUUGUCCUAUUUAGCUCUAGAUGUGUAAUGAGAGAAUAAAAACUAUAUUUUAUAACCAUAUUUGAAAAACAUACUCAUGACUCGAGCAAAUGCGCGAAUAUCACAGAUAUUAUUAAUAAACCUUACAUUACAAUUGCUUGGAAUGAAUGCAUUGUGUACGUAUGUUUGUCGAAGUGUUGCUGUGUCAUAUGUUAUUCCACGUGCAUCUAUAAUGAUUGUGCGUCGCGCGUUCCAAGGUGUUUAUUAGUACGUUUAGUAAGCAUUAUUUACAUGUUUCAUGAAUUCUAUAAUACGACUUAUUUGCGCGUUACCGCACUUUUGAUGACAUUACUCGAUAUCAUUUUUUUAAUAAAAAUAUUACAAAAAACAAUUGUCAUGUUCCUUGUAUCAGAGUAAUAAGCAAAACUAUUGUAAAUCUGUCAUAUUAAUGACGAUUGGAAUAGUAGGAUGCGACGAGUGACAAAUUAAGGAAAAUAAAAAUCCGCAGAUUGCUCAAAACGAUACGAAUUGCCGUUAGAAUUCCAAGAUGUUACAAUCUCGUACGGAAGAAUAUAUGUCCCUUUAUAUUAGGUCACAACAGAAAUAGAACUUCGCAUGAAUCUCGGUAUCCGCAAGCUUUUUGACAUUUCGACACUCCCAACAAAAUUCUCCUUUUCGUUUCUGGCUGGAAGCUUCAUUGAACAUGCUUAUGGGGACUAUACCUACUUACAUUAGUUAUGAAUUUUUAACACAAAAUAUCCCGAUUGUAUCGAUGUACGGUACACAUACUCGACACAGAAUGCGUUGGCGAGUAUAAUAUAUAAAGGGCCGACCCGGUAAUAUACAUAUAAUUAGAAACAAAAAUUUUUCGAACAUAUUUUAAUUUAAUUGUUUCUCAUUUUUCAUAAAUUCAAGAGUAUUUUGAAUGAAUCACGAUGCUAUCAUAAACUAUUGAUUAUAAUCAGAAGAUCUUUUUUGAAAUUUUUUUAGAGAAACAAUUCUUUUUUUAAAGAUCGAGGCAUUGAAUAAAUUUAUUUUAUAAUUCGACAAUUUAAAUGCGAUAAAUUAAUUUGUUGCAAGAUGUAUGUAGUUAUAUUCGAUGAGUCUCUCUCUUGUAAUAUCGAUUCUUUCAAAAGUUUAUUUGGUAUAGAUGUAUAUAGUUCAGGAUAAUUUAAUUUUAUAUAUUAAUAAUAUUUUACAUAUCAAAAAUUUUUGAAAGAUGGGUCGUCCCUCUUAUUUUUUCAAAAGUGUCCCUGACGGCCUGAGACCAAACUUUCAUCUAUCUAAACACACACCUGUAUGCGAUAUCUAUUUCAAUCAAAUAAGCUUUGGAAGUUUUGCAUAAUCUUUAUAUAUCUAAAAAUAUUUCAGAAUGCAGAAUCUUUAAAUAUUUUCGUUUAAAAUUUUUUUAUUACACAUAUAUUAUGAUCUCUAGAAUAAUAUGUGAUAUUGUUUAACAAAAUUUUGAUAAAUGAUUUAUGUAUUAUAUAUUAUUAUUACUGGAAUAAUUUGCUCUUUUCAUCUUUUUCAAUAAUUUCAUUGUUUUAAAUAUCAUUUUAAAUCAUCAUCUUCUCUCCAAAAUUUUAAAAAGACUUAUUUUUGUCGAUGGAAAAUUCACAUAUCAGUAUGUGAUUAUUGUUAUUAUUUCCACAUUCCGAUCUAGUAUUUUAUCUGUCAUAUAUGCGUUAUCAUAUAAUUUUCUCGCAUAAUCUCAAAUACAAGAAGGAAUUUAUCGAUGCCGGUGUGUGCUUAUCGGGGUUGUCUCACUAUCGUAUAUCUUCGCUGAGAGAAAUAACAAUAACCGACACAUCAAAACAACCGAAACCGCGAAUUGACGAAGCACAUAAAAAAAA